UGACUAUCACGUGAAACAAGAUGGAGAUUCAUCGACUGCAAUUUGUUUUGUAUUUUGUUGUUUUACUGUUUAUGGUCAGCUUUGGAGCUAAUACGCCACCAGAUUACGUCGAAAAACAUUUUGACCAAAAGCUUGAUCAUUUCAAUUUUGUCACAUACGCUGACAAAACAUUUAAACAACGCUAUCUUAUUCAAGACAAAUGGUGGAAUCAAGGAAAAGGGCCUAUUUUUUUCUACACUGGUAAUGAAGGACCUAUCACAGCAUUCUGGGCUGCUACAGGAUUUGUGUUUGACAUUGCACCACAGUUUGGAGCUCUUGUCGUGUUUGCUGAACACAGGUAUUAUGGAGAGACCCUGCCAUUUGGAAAUGCCACAUUUGAGCCAGCCAACAUGGGAUUGUUGACAGUAGAACAGGCACUAGCUGAUUAUGCUCUGUUGAUCAAGUUUCUGAAACAGUCCCUCAAUGCAACAGGAUGUCCUGUGAUUACAUUUGGUGGAAGUUAUGGAGGAAUGCUGAGUGUGUAUAUGAGGUUCAAAUACCCGAACAUGGUUACAGGAAGUAUAGCAGCAAGUGCCCCAAUCAACCUACUCACCCAAUCAGUGGACAGAAGUUUCUUCUUUGCUGCGGUAACCAAGGAUUUCUCCAUGGCAACACCACAGUGUGAGAGCAGAGUCAGACAAGCAUUUAUUCUGAUGAUGAACACGGCAGCUGAAGGGGCUUCUGGACUGAAGAAAUUGUCAGAGAUUUUCAAGCUGUGUAAACCCCUGGCCAGCAAUGAUGACUACUUUCAUCUUCUUGGUUGGAUCAGAAAUUCCUUCACCAAUCUUGCAAUGUUUGACUAUCCCUACCCAACUGACUUCUUCAGUAAAUUACCAGGAUAUCCAGUUAAGGUAGCCUGCCAGUACAUGGAAGAUGCUAUAGAUGUGGUUGAAGGUUUGGCGAAGGCUGCUGGUCUCUUCUACAAUGGUACAGCUGGAACCAUGAAAUGUUUUGAUAUCUUCAAAGAGUUUGUAGAAUGUGCUGACCAGACAGGGUGUGGUGUAGGGCCUGACAGCAAAGCUUGGGAUUUCCAGGCGUGUACAGAGAUACCAUUAGUAGGUGGUAGUACCAAUGUAACAGACAUGUUUCCAGCCAUGCCCUGGACACCAGACAUGAGGCAUGACUAUUGUUAUAAGAGAUGGAAAGUUACCCCCAGAGACACAUGGAGUGAUGUAGAGUUUUGGGGAAAAGAUAUUGCAUCAGCUUCCAAUAUAGUAUUCUCAAAUGGUGACCUUGAUCCCUGGAGAGGUGGAGGGGUAACAAAGAGCCCUGUGGAUGGCAUACAAGUGGUGACAAUCCAGGGAGGAGCCCAUCACUUAGAUCUCAGGGGCCAGAACUCUCAUGACCCUAUUAGCGUUAAGGCAGCAAGAGAAGUAGAGAAAGCAGCAAUAAGGAAGUGGAUCAACACCUAAGGACACAGCAAAAUCAUAAAAAUUGAGUUUAUAGACCAGUCUACGAAUGCAGCAUUAGCAUUGGUCACUUUCAAAAUCAAGAGCAGGGCAACCAAUCAAAUGCAUGAGUUUUGAGACUGGUUUACAAACUGAGUUUUAUAAACUUGGGUCCAAAGAUGUGAUACAUACAUUACUCACUGAUUUAUAUAAAACUGCAAUGGAGUCUUUUCUAAACAGAACAUACUGUCAUUAUUUUUUAUUUAUAAGUGCACAAUACAUUUAAUGACUAGGUCGUAUCAUAGUAUUUUCUUCUUGAAUUUAAGGCUUUGUUCAAAUGAUUGUGAUCAUGUAACACAUUGUAGAAUUUCAGUAAGCAUUUGUUAUUUUAAUGGUCUGGUAAAAGAUAUAUCUUUUUUAUUGGCGUUCACAUGGGGGCCAAUAUAAGAUAUCCUGUCUAAAACAAGCCCAUUAUUAAAAGUGGUGAAUCAGAUUUUUGGUCAGCUAAUGAAUUUGUUCAAAACUUAACCAACUGGUCACUUACACUUAUUUCACAGAGUUCUUAAUACAAAUCAGAUUUUCUCUGGAAGUAUUUUUUUUUUCUUGGUUAUCCAACCAAGAUAGCAUUAUUCUAGAAUAAAAUCUCUAACAGAAUAUAUGAAAACUCAAAAAUGUCAUAAAAUGUUGUUAUAUGUGAUUGACCUUUUUUAAAAACACGAUGUUUACAGGCAUUAUGUUCAGAUUCAUUUAACAAGGUUUUGUGAAACUUUGCUCAUAACAGGAGUAUAUAUUGUAUAUAUAUGUUACAAAUGAAAACUGUUUAAAGUGUCUUUUCUAGUAUUCAAGUUAUGAUAAAAGUCCAAUUAAUUCUAUCUUCUGCCUUUAUAGUAUUUCAAGGGCUUAAUAGAAAAUGGUUGUAAUU